AUGACUACGUUAAAACGAAAGCGGUUGUCGCUUCGCGAAAAAAUUGACAUUUUAGAUUACCGUAAAAACAACGGAAACGUAGGAAUUCGUGUACUCGCAGAAAAGUUUCAAGUUGGAAAAACACAGAUCGCGGAUAUUGUUUCUAACACAGAAGAAAUUUAUAAAGCGUGGGUUGAAAAUGGAAAUGAAGAACGAAAAUUAACGAAACUAAGAAAAUGUGAAGGCAGUGUGAUUGAUAAAGAACUUUUGGUCUGGUUUAGCAAAACUCGAGAAAAAAAUUUACCAGUUUCCGGACCAACAAUACAAGAAAAGGCUAAACAACUUGCUGAAGUUCACGGAUUAAACGACUUUAAAGCUUCAAACGGGUGGCUAGAAAAAUUUCGAAAAAGGCAUAACAUUUCGUUUAAAUCUAUCUGUGGGGAAGCUUCAUCCGUUGAUAGAAUAGCUGUUGAUGACUGGAAGAAAAAAUUGCCAAACAUAAUCGAUAAAUAUGAAAAGCGAGACAUCUUCAAUGCCGACGAGACUGAACUUUUUUUUAGAGUUCUACCCAAUAAAACUAUGGCAUUUAAAAAUGAAACGUGCAAUGGUGGAAAAGUUUCAAAAGAACGGUUGACUGUGCUAUUGUGCUGUAAUAUAAUAGUCUGUCAUAAUCUGUGUCGUCAUCCAGGCCUUUUUAUUCCAACACCAGUCAACGGGAAAUUUAUUUACGUCUAA